AAGGCUGUUGAGGCGUUUAUAGAAGUUUAUGGCGAGGCUAUCCUGCAAAAAAUGGAUGGAGCGGCGUCUUUUUGGUGCAGACGAGGCUGCAGGCACAAAAACUGAAAAAGGGGAAGAUAGGGCAGGAAACACCAAUAGGUUUGCUCACUUUCAUUAGGGAAGCUAGUAAAAAGAGGCGCCUGUGGCCAUAACCUAAGCUCCCUUCCCAAUCUCUCCUUUUUGUAUUCCCUCCACCAUCGCCAGCAAUAGCCGCAAAACGCGCUCAUUCUGAGGGAAAAAAGCUUUGAGAUCGGGCUUUCGUCUUUCUACUUCUGGUCUUUUUUUUAUUUCAUUUAAUUUUUCCCAAGAUAACAAAAACGUACAAAACUAUAAAAAAGGAAUUUACUUGAAGGUGUGAUGGAUCCUCUGCGGGCUCAGCAGCUGGCAGCUGAGCUGGAAGUGGAGAUGAUGGCUGAUAUGUACAACAGAAUGACCAAUGCCUGCCAUCGUAAAUGUGUUCCUCCUCACUACAAGGAAGCUGAACUGUCAAAAGGGGAAUCCGUGUGCCUGGAUCGCUGUGUCUCCAAGUAUUUGGACAUUCAUGAGCGCAUGGGCAAGAAACUGACAGAACUCUCAAUGCAGGAUGAAGAACUGAUGAAACGGAUGCAGCAAGGGACUGGACCUGCCUGAAGUCCGGCUUCAGAUUCUCCAACCUAUCUCUACACCUUGUGUCUGGACUGGUGUUAAUUCUUGUUUUUGCCAGUAAAACAUCCAUACUGUGUUUCCUCUACCAGCUGCUAAUGGGGCUGGAGCUCUGCCUUCCCUUUUUAGGCCUAAUAAAUGAUUAUGCCUUGUGAAGGAAAACAAA